GGAAAACGAAAGUAAUCUCUAAUUAUUUUUCUCUGUUCCUAUGUAUGUGAAAAAUGGCGGAGGCCAUAAGCUCAGUCAGUUGUUUAAUCUGUUUAGAUCUACUGAAGGAUCCAGUAACUAUUCCCUGUGGACACAGUUACUGUAUGGGCUGUAUUAAGGACUGUUUGGAUCAGGAAGAUGUCAAGGGAAUCUACAGCUGCCCCCAGUGCAGACAAACCUUCAUACCAAGACCUGUUCUAAACAGGAACACCAUAGUUUCUGAAUUGAUGGAGAAUCUGAAGAAGACAAGACCCCAAGCUGCUCUUCCUGAUCAUUAUUAUUCUGGACCUGGAGAUGGGGCGUGUGAUUCCUGCACGGGGAGAAAACGCAAAGCUGUCAAGUCCUGUCUGGUGUGUCUGGCCUCUUUCUGUGGGACUCACCUCCUGCCUCACUAUGAAUCUCCUGUGUUUAAGAAGCACAAGUUGGUCCAAGCCUCCAAACAACUACAGGAGAAGAUCUGUUCUCAUCAUGACAAACUACUGGAGGUUUAUUGUCGUACUGAUCAGCAGUGCAUCUGUUUUCUUUGUAUGUUGGAUGAACAUAAAGGACAUGAUACAGUCUCAGCUGCAUCAGAAAGGACUGAGAAACAAAGACAGUUAGGGAAGAAACAUUUUGAAUCCCAGAAGAGAAUUGGGGAGAGAGAGAAGAAGAUUCAGGAGUUGAGACAGACUGUGGACACUCUGAAGCACUCUGCACAGGCAGCAGUGGAGGACAGUGAGAGGAUCUUUACUAAGAUGAUCUGCUAUAUUGAGAAAAGACGCUCUGAGUUGAAGGAGCUGAUCAGAGCUCAGGAGAAGACUGAAGUGAGUCAGGUUGAAGGACUCUUGGAACAACUGGAGCAGGAGGUUGCUGAGCUGAGGAGGAGAGAUGUUGAGUUGAAGCAGCUCUCACACACAGAGGAUGACAUCCAUUUCCUCCAGAGUUUCCAGUCUCUCUGUGUCCCUCCUGGAUAUGAGGUCUUACCCAGUAUCACUGUCUAUCCACACAUCUCCUUUGAGCAUGUCAAGAAAUCAGUCUCUGAACUGAAAGAUCAUCUUCAAGAUAUAUGCAAGAAGGAAAGGGACAUGUUAUCUGAGAAAGUGACUACAGUUCAGAUUGGACCAUGUGCUGAUCCCAAGACCAGAAAGGAUUUCUUACCAUAUUCCUGCCAGCUGACAUUGGAUCACAAUACAACAAAUCAGAACCUGUGUCUGUCUGAGGGGAACAGAAUGGUGACAUGGAGUGAUGAGGUCCAGUCCUAUCCUGACCAUCCUAACAGAUUUACCUCCUACAAACAGGUGUUGUGUAGAGAGGGUCUGUCUGGAGUCUGUUACUGGGAGGUAGAGUGGAGUGGGAAGUGGGUUCGUGUAGCCGUCUCAUAUAAAGAGAUCAGCAGGAAAGGAGGUGGUGAUGAGUGUUGGUUUGGUCAUAAUGAUCAGUCCUGGAUGUUAUCCUGCUCUACAUCCAGAUGUUGUUUCCACCACAAUAAUACCAGGACUGAUAUCCCUGUCCCCUGCUCCUCCAGAGUAGGAGUGUAUCUGGACCACAGGGCAGGAACUCUGUCCUUCUACAGUAUCUCUGACACAAUGACCCUCCUCCACAGAGUCCAGACCACAUUCACUCAUCCACUCUAUCCUGGGUUCUAUGUUUAUAAAGGAAAGACUGUAAAGAUACUGACACCUAUUCAGUGAUACAUCUAUCACUUUGCUGGUAUUAAUAUAUUGUUAGCUUUACUAGGAGGCUUAUCGAUACAUGAUUCGUUAACUUUGGCUAAAGAAUGAUCUGCAAUUACAUCAUAGCGCCCAGUAUUAUAUAGUUGCUAAUUUGCAUAUACAGAGGUGUCAAAACAAACCAAGGGGACAGGUUUGUUACUGAAUAUGAACUUCAAUAGUGGUGGGAGUUGAUUGACAGGUGAAAUGGACCAAUAUUUUUUUAGUUUAGUUUAGUUGAUCUCUAGUACUCUGCUUAAUGAUUCUAAUGGAGGAGUUAUUCUUAGUGUGAUUACCUGUUUGUGUCCUACACGUUGAUAUAUGGAAUGUGUGUAUUUGGAUCAUUAUGAAGUGUUAUUUUUUUAUUAAAGAAAAUUAAUAAUUUAAAGGAAAAUGUUCCUUUUUGAUUAUGUGGGUCUACCACUGGGACUAGUCCUAAGAUGCUGGUAGGAUGGGUCUACCACUGGGACUCGUCCUAAGAUGCUGGUAGGGUGGGUCUACCGCUGGGACUCGUCCUAAGAUGCUGGUAGGGUGGGUCUACCGCUGGGACUCGUCCUAAGAUGCUGGUAGGAUGGGUCUACCGC